AUGUCACUAGAUCCCUUCGAAAGGGAGUUGAUUUCAGCCACAAAUGACAAGCAUUCCGCUGUUCAGCGGCCAAGGACUUGGUUCGCGUCCUGGAGGUCUCGCUCGAAGAACUGCUCGGAGAACCACUCGAAGAAUGCAAACGACGGAUCAUUCUCUGCACGCGCAUGUUACAUGCUGCAUGGCAUGCUGGUCAUCAUACAUAUCAUCCUUGUUAUCUUUUAUGUCCGUCACUGGGAACACCGUGUGAUUGUCUCAAUCACAUCAACAAACAAUGAUUUCUGGCCUGUGCUGCUGAGUGCUUCACUGCAAGCAUUCUAUACUAUCUACACGGCUGUCUUACUCUUCCUUACUCAACGGCUUGCGAUUUCGAGAACACUUGUAUGCCGUCUGAAAUUAACUGCGAUUCACGACAUUUCUAGCGCAUGGGCGGGCCUCGGCUCUGCACUCAGCAGCGUCUGGCGACAAUCUGACAUCCCUGCCUCGUUGUGGACGACUGCUGGCGUAACAGCCUACCUUACGAGCAUGUCCGUGCUGCAUGUCACCUCUUCCACUCUCCUACAAUUCCAACCGUUCAAUGCUUCUAUGGCGACUUCUGUGCCAACAACACUAGGAUGGCUAUAUGACCUGUCAAUAUAUUCUGACGUAAACUGGGGUUCCAUUACCGCAUCUCUACCAGUCAUCAAUCAAUUGUCUGGCAUGGUCACUCCAGGGUUAUCCAAUACUACAGUCUACGACACGCUCAAAACAAGCUCCAUAACCGGAAAUGCAACUGUGAAUGCAACGACGAUAACCUCGCAUUGCGGAUUGCUUUCCAAUGUCACAUACAAUGCUGAUGCGAGCAUGGCCUACGUAUCGUUUAGCGCGAAUGGUGAAAACUCUUAUAAUGGAUGCGAGUGUUCCCUGUACGUCGUCGUGGCUGGGUCAGACCAGAUACAAAUUCUACCGUGGAGUAUUUUUGAUUAUUCCACUCCUUCCGCGCUUGAUGUAAAUGCUAUACAGCCUACUGUCUCACUCAUGGUCUCUGCAUUAUUAGAGAUCGAGCCCUCAGUACAAGAGGCGGUUGCUGUAAACAUGUCUUGGGAAUAUUACAACUAUACUUAUACCAAUACCAAUACCAGUAUUGAUGUCAUUCCGUACGAGAUUCAGGUCUAUUUUAUGCAAUGCUCGCUGUUAGCCAACACUACAGAGGGGGUGGUCGACAUACAAACCAACAAUUUACUGAAUCCAGCGCCCAUCUGGCAGCCAUCCACGCAAUGGGAGAUAUAUCAGUGGACGAAUGUUAGUGAUUGGGCAACAGCAAUUGGCCUCGCUUUGCCUACCCCUGUCAGUAGCGGGUAUCCAUUUGGAGAUCCAUUGCUACAUCCCACCCAACCCUCUAUUGCGGAUGAGUAUAUUAUGUCAUUGGUGGGCUUGAAUCUCACCGCUGAGGAAUUACAAAACGGAAGAUCGGUUCCUCCUAAUGCCACUUUCGUUUUGAGACCGGAUAUAUUAGAACUGGCUGUUGCGAAAGCAGCUGCACAACUUAUUUGGAUAGCGGGACGAUUCAGCCCAUCCAAUGGAGGACUUCAGCCUGGCAACGGGAUGGCCUAUGUCGAUGAGGUGUUUAUUGCCCUCCGCCUCAAUAUCAACCUUCUUCCUUUGUGUUUUGCGGCAUCUGCAUCGGUGAUCAUGUUAGGACUGGCGCUACUCAUGACACGAGCAUCCGAUGCAUCACACGACAGUCAGGCUGCCAUCCCAGAUAUAGGCGUACUGCAACUCUUGUGGUUGGGUCAUCGUUCAGCCUCUAUCAAUGAAGUCCUGGAAGAUGUGGAGCAUCCAACAGAGGCCAAUCUGCGCCGAGCAGGCAUGGUAGAUGUUUGUUUUGCAAAGACGAUAUCCGACGAACAAGAAUUUGGGAGUUCAACUGAUAGUCUCACUAGUGAAGCUGACCACGGUCAUGACGAUGAGAUGUGA